AGUGCCGGGAAAUACAGCAGCUGGCUCUGACGCUUGUGCUGAUUUCAGUGUGUUAGAACAAUGUUAAUCUGUGAGUGCUUCUUAUUUUCUCAUCUCUGGCUGCAUCUGAACGCAACUCAGCUGCACCUCUAGACCAGUAAAGUCUUGUUUGUGGGGAGGGGGCUGCUUGGACACGAACACCCCCCACAUGAAAUUGGAGUUUUGCAAUGUCUUUUUGAGAGUGGGAUAAAGGAAAGUGCAGAUUGUUGAGAUCUUCUGUCUUUUCUUCCUGUAUCUUUUUUUUCCACUCUGAUCUCCAGCUCCAGUCCCUCUUCAGGAGGCAGUACAUCUAUUUUCAAGGGAAGCUGCACCUAGUCUUUGACAAUGAAGUUCAACUUGUUCAGAAAACCCCAGCCUGUGACGCCCACUGAGCCCAGUGGCGCCACCACCAUGACCAUGGCUCCCACCCAGGCUCUCAUCUCCACCACAGCAAUGGACACUUCGGGCUCCAACAACACAGAGAUCAACAAAAAUGACAUGUUUGAAGAAAUCAAGAGUAAAUUCUUGAAUGAAAUUGAGAAAAUCCCAUUGCCUCAAUGGGCUCUGAUCGCCAUUGCAGUGGUGGCUGCAUUACUCAUCCUCACCUGCUGCUUCUGUAUAAUCAAAAAAUGCUGCUGCAAGAAGAAGAAGAACAAGAAAGGGAAGAAGGGCAAGGACGGCUUCAACAUGAAGAACAUGCAGGGUGGCGAGAAACCCCAGGAUGACGACGAUGAUGAGGGAGAGACCGGACUGACUGAGGAAGAGAAAGAGGAAGAAGAGAAAGAGAUCGAGAAACUGGGGAAGCUGCAAUACUCUAUAGAGUAUGACUUUGAGAACACAAAGCUCACAGUUGGCAUCCUUCAAGCUGCAGACCUCAUGUCUAUGGACUCGGGAGGAACGUCUGAUCCUUACGUCAAAGUCCAUCUCUUCCCCGACAAGAAGAAGAAGUACGACACCAAAGUGCAUAAGAAGACUCUGAACCCGGUCUUCAAUGAGACGUUUGUAUUCAAGCAGCUUCCCUAUGAGGAGCUCGGGGGCAAGACACUGGUGAUGUCCGUGUACGACUACGACCGGUUUUCCAAACACGACGUCAUUGGAGAGGUGAAGAUUCCGAUGAACACCAUCGACCUUGGACGACCCAUCGAGGAGUGGAAGGAUUUGGAAAGCGCCGAUCAAGAGGAGCCUGAGAAACUCGGAGACAUCUGCAUCUCGCUCCGUUAUGUCCCCACUGCUGGAAAACUCACCGUCUGUAUCCUGGAGGCAAAGAAUCUGAAGAAGAUGGAUGCCUGUGGAUUAUCUGAUCCCUAUGUGAAGAUCCAGCUGCUGCAGGGAGGAAAGCGUCUGAAGAAGAAGAAGACUACGGUGAAGAAGAACACCUUAAACCCGUACUACAACGAAUCCUUCAGUUUUGAGAUCCCUCUAGAACAGAUGCAGAAAAUCUUGGUGGCAGUCACCGUGUUUGAUUACGACAAAAUUGGUAAGAACGACGCCAUCGGCAAGAUCUUCGUGGGCAGCAAGGCGUCUGGCUUAGGUCUGAAGCACUGGUCCGACAUGUUGGCUAACCCACGCCGUCCCAUUGCCCAGUGGCAUCCAUUGCAACCAGAAGAAGACAUUGAUGGUCAGCUGGCGUCUUUGGCUGCAAAGAAGUAACGCGCUCCACCAACCAGCUAAUGCACUAACUCAGAAACCCAACCUCCCCAUCUCUACUUUGCAUGAAUCCCAUGACUUUACACGCGACGACUUGUCGUGAUGACAACCGCUCAGCAAAAAAGAGACAUCCUAGAAUAUCUGCUCAGUUAUGGUGAAGUCGGCGAAACUGUUUGUAGAACAUCACAUUUCACAGACUAUAGUGUGUGCUGAGAGGAGUGGCGUUGAGUUAUCAGGUGACAGUUUCGUGAACGAUUGACUCGGGGUCUUAUGUUCAUUUCUGAAGAACUGAUUCUUAGGGUGCUGACACUGAAUGGAAGUCUUGGUGAAGCCAAAACUGGAAAUAGAGCUUUAGUUUAGUUAACUGAGCAUGCUUUACUUGCCUCCCCCACUGCUCUGCAUUUACCACGCCCAGUAAUGCAUCUUGCUAAUACAUGUGCUAUAACUUGCAAAAGAAUGUACUGUAAUUUUGGGCUAUUUCCUGCACAGCGUUGUGUGUGUGUGUGUUCGGAUUUAAGUUGAUCAACGCAAACAUAAUUUAAGCGACACCUGAAGAGGUUUGCAGCGACCCCCUGCGGCAAUGAGCAUUUUAUCCGCUCUCAUUUGAGGAGGAGACGCAUACAGUACAGUACAGUUGUUUACAGAAUGGUAGGGGUGCUGCAAUUAUUCAAUCAUCUAUGCAUUUAUAGGUUCGACGCGCAUUUUUUUUGUGUUUUUAGAGAAAUUAAAUGUAGGACACGAAUACAUGGGUGCCUUUCUUGUUAGGGCACUUUAGGAAAUACAGGAGUCGGGAAGGAGAACUUUUUACGGAAGUCAUCAGGGACGCUGUAAAUGUGCCAUCUGAAAUCUGUCGUGGGCCGUGUUGACUUCUUGGAUGUAAAACCUUAGGGUUUACCAGAAGGCUUACCAAUGACUUUCCAAACAAUUACAACAGUGCUUUGGCAUUUUGCUUUCUUUCAGCCAUUAAACGGAUUACAUGUGUUUCUUUGCUUUGAUGAAUGUUGUAGUUUUCCACAAACACCACCACCCCACCCCCCCAGCCCCCGCCCCAGCCCGGUGUAAAACUAGAUUGUGAGGAAGGAUUUCUGUUGAAGACGAGAUGUUUUUAUAGAGAAGUGAAUUUGAAAUGUAAGCUGUGACUGCACUUUUUACGAGAACAAGCAUUAAAGUGUACAAUUACAGGUUUGCAAAAGUGCUACAUUUGAACAUGCUGUAUAAUACAAUAGACACACACACCCAGGACCAUUUGCUUAAAGCAAAAAGAGCUACAGAAUCGAGCACGUAUCAUACCUCACAGUAUUUUACAGUUGGUUAGAUCAGUGGUCCAUUAGCCAUACGCUUUGUCAACCUGGAGCAAAAGUGCUGCAACGUGGCGACUCUUCAUCACCCUCUUACUAUAUCAGUGCAGUGGUAAGGAGGCAAUGAAAGGCUAAAAGACUUUUCAGCAACUGAAAACCUAGUUGUGAAAAGAAAAAAAGAUUAAUCAGCAAUGCGUUUGUACAAGUAAGUACAUUUGGAAUCAAUUCCUUCGUCUUUAAAAUUUCUACCUUUACGAUUUGUACAUUUCUAAAAAAAAAGGGUACUCUUUUAUGAAUCACAGACAGAAACAGAAAAAGUGUUAGUAGUUUUACCGCUAUUCUUUUGAUCGAAUUAUCGGAUUAUUUCAAACACCUAACAAGUGUAGUUAAAUACAACUUCGUCAUUUUGUUUUCACGUGUCAAGAAAAGCCCCACUGUACAUUUUAACAAAACCAAAAGGAAACAUCUGCUGUAUCUACCUUUAUAUGACUAACAAUGUUGAGUGACGCUGAUUCUAAACAACACAUUUGAACCCUAAUGGUCAGUAUCUGUGACCAGCAAAGAAAAGUUCAGAUGUGAGAGUUGAAGCUUAGCAUAUGUGAGGAGUUUGGUUUUCAGAUGCUCAUAAAACUUUGAUUAUUGCAGCCGCUCGUAGCCUCCAUAGUAUCAGCAUAAAUAAAAAUGACUAAUAGCAGCUCACCAUUUGGUCCGCCCACCAUAUGUCCUCCUUACGGCAACAUAAUACAUUGCGCAGAUUUGUGAAUAAGCUAUACAGCAUGACUUUACAAGAUGAUGUAAAUAGCAGCAUGUUUUAAAGAGGAACCAUUAUUAUAUUGUGUAUGUGUGUGUGUGUUUGUGUUAUAUGUCACUUUUUGAUAAUAAAACAGAGUAAAAAAAACGGUAUGCACUGACUGCAAAGUGUAUGUAUUUUUGCUAAAUGGGACUGACUGUACGUCUAAAUAAUUAAUGUGAGGAAUAAUUCAUGUUAGGGAUCAGAGGCUCCUUUCGAGCCGGAAACUAUUGCAGGGUUGCUCUAUAUGAAUCGUCCUCUCGGUUUUUCCCAUGAUGUUGCAUGACUGUCUUAUUUCCUGUCAUUGUCUGUAUGUGUUCUCUGUGCAAAACCCAGUGUAUGUGCGGGCUACAGGUCAUGGAAUUAUUAUUCAUUUGUGCUUGCACUUGUUAUACAAGUAAACUAUCAGUACAUAUAUAUAUAUACUGAAUAUAUAUGUAUGUAUUGAUGGUAUAUGUGUGUGUACAGUGGAUUUUUUGUUGAUGUUGUUGUCUCAUACGUGUUCCCUUUCUCCACGCUUGCCAGACCAGUGUCAAGUCUUAGUUAAUCACAUGUAGAUACAGUCAGCGACUUCAUUGACUUGUAGCCCCUCUCGGCUGUUCCGUACAUAAUCAAAUUGUACGUUCUCAUCUCGUGGCUGUUAAAAAUAAACCUGCUCUCAUAUUAUGUCUGAUCACACGUCAGAGAAAAAAAGAAGAAGAGUGAAAUCAAAUCAUUAAUUUGCAUAAAGGAUGAACCAAAUCGAUUUUUCUUAUUAUAUUCCAUUACUGAGUUAGCUGUGGGACAUGCUUUCUGACGAUUAUUGAUGCAGCCUUCUUAAGUAGCUCCAGUCUGAUAAUUAAGCUAUGAAUAACUUUUUUUUCAUAACAGAUGUCAAUUUAUGAGGGACCACACAGUUUUAAUUGAUCACAGUGAGAGGAGCUGUGUCACCUGUGCAUGCGACGAGAUCUCACUGCUGUAUCUUCUGUGACAUCUUCGAUGUGGGGAUUUGUUUUUCUCCAUCUGGUUUUCUGGGUCAGUGUCAUUUACUGUUUGUUUGCAACAUAAAUGAAGAUGAACACGA